AGUUUAUAGUUUUGUAUUCAAGAGAACACACCUCGUAAUUAUUUUGCCAUCUCACAAUGUACCAGGCAAUAGACAAUCUGUUUAAACCAACUGUGUUUGAUGAAAAAGCUCUCAUAUGGAGAGGAGGCAAUUCUCUGAAAAUCCUGAAUAAUAAAGCUUCAAUUGGGGCAGCUGCUUUGUGUGCCCUGAACCAGAAUCCGGAUUUUGUGGCUCAGAUCAGUGACAAUAGUGGUGUAAGGAAGACAAACCGCGAGAUUCGUGAUGCUAUGUUGAAGAUCGCAGUGAAUUUGGGCAAGAUUGGAUGCUCAAAGGGGGAUGUUGUUGGAUUCCUCUCCAGCAAUAAUGAGGAAGUUGGUUCAGCUGUUCUUGCCACCCUUCUUCUUGCAGCACAAGUUAAUGCCCUUGAUCCAUCUUCAGGAAAAGGCGAUAUUAUUCACAUGUUUGGAAUAACACGCCCCCAAUUUAUUUUCUGUGAGGAAGAUAAGGUUUCAAUUCUUGUGGAAGCAUUGGAGUGUCUUGAAUUGAAUGCCAAAAUAAUCAUUUUUGGUGAUAAAAUUAAUGGACAUCAUCACAUCGAUGAAUUCCUCAGAGAUCCUGGGAAUUUAAAUGAUUACACCUUUCCAGAAAUUGACGAUAAAACAUGCGCUUUUAUCCUUUGCUCUUCUGGCACAACGGGGAUGCCAAAAGGAGUUGCAGUUUCUCAUAAAACGCUCCUCUAUUUCUCAUUAAACGGCAUUAUGAAUGAUCCUGAGAGACCUUCAUCGAUUUUCUGCUUCAGUUCCUUGUAUUGGUACACAGGGAUACUAACCCUGCUAAUGGGAACCUUCUUAGGAAUCAGCAGGAUAAUCACAACCGAACCCUACAGUCCUGAUCUUUUCUACGAAAUAAUCACAAAACAUCGACCCAAUAUGAUGUUUGUUGUCUCCAUGUACGUGUCUGGGAUCCUUAAUCAUCCCCUCCUGGAUGAGACUACCAUGGAUUCAAUUAAAUUUAUAGCUUGCACAGGAAGUACUCUCGCUGAACCAUUAUGGAAGAAGAUCAAGAAGUACCUAAGGAAUGGAGAUAUAUACUGUGGCUAUGGAAUGACCGAAAUAGGAUGGGUAUCCAGAGAGCCUGGAGGUACAACUCAGCCCUCUGUAGGGAAUCUUCUUGCAGGAGUUGAGAUGAAAAUCCUGGAUAAAAAUGGCAAAAAUCUAGGAAUUGGUCAGCAGGGAGAAUUGCACAUAAAAUGGGAAAAUAGAUUUUUGGGAUACUACAACAACCCACAAGCAACAGCUGCAAUUUUGGAUGAGGACGGAUGGAUUCAAAGUGGAGACAUUGCAUAUUUCGAUAAAGAGAAUCUCCUGCAUGUUGUUGGCCGUAGCAAGGAUAUUUUGGACUACAAGAACUUCCACAUUGCCCCUCUUGAGCUUGAGAAUUUAAUUAUAACGCUCCCAGGAGUUGUUCAGGCAGUUGUUGUAGGAGUUCCUGAUGCACUAUGUACGGAACUCCCUGCUGCGGCUGUUAUUUGCCAGGAGGGAUCUUCCGUGUCAGAGAAGGAUAUUGAAAAAUUAAUUGAAUUAAGCUUGAGUGAUACAAAGCGUCUCCGUGGUGGAGUUUUCUUUGUGGAAAGUUUCCCUCUUACAGCUUCUGGUAAGAUUAAAAGGCCAGCUGUUAAGGAGAUCGUGACAAAAUUAUACAAGAAAAGGCAUUCAUAAAAACAUUUUCUUGAAUAAAAAAAAAUGAAGAAUCAAGAACUUGUAUUAUAUAAUAUAAAAAAAAAACAGUACUCUGCGUUGAUACCACUGCU